UUUUUGGGACGAGUGGUUUCAUAAUAGAUAAAGUAUUGUUAGUCACUUGUUUAAAACUUGAUUGUAAAAAAUUUAUAUACCUAACUUGAUCAUGAUUCAUAAGAAUAGGCUCCUUUUUUGUUUUAUUUUUAUCCAAAGUUAGAAGUGAGACUCGAAUCCGCGACCUCUAAAUAAGUAUGGAAAGACUAUGCCAUUUGAACUAUAUCUUGUUAAUAAGUAUAGGCUCCUUUUAUCUUCGAAGAUUCUUCGUUACGCAUUCUCACUCUUUCUAUCUCCACAAAAUUAUGAGUGAUGGAGAGAUGGUUAACUAGAGGGCAGAGCUAUAUUUUAACUUGAAAAGUUAUUCAAAGUUUUCAAAUUAAACAUUUUAAUUCUUGGAAAAGUAUUUAUGAAAAAGAAUUUAGAUUGGACAUUGUUUGAACGUUUACCUACCCUGCUACCCAUACAUAGUAUUUGAACGGUUUUUAGCCUCAUGACUUUUGAAUUAAUAUCUGUAAUGAUCUUACUAAAAUAAUUGUUUAUUUGUUUGUUUAUUGUUGAAUAAAAGUGAUGAAAUUGUUGUAGUGUCCGGCCUUAUGAUUUUGACUCCGUCUCUCAUUUAUCUUCUAAAUAAUUAAUAUAAACCAUAUUAUAACUAAUAUAAAUAUGUUAGUAGACAAUAGCAGGUGUAACCAAGCACUUACAUACAUAUUGUUGCAAUGGCAAUGGCUCUUCUAUCUCUGAUUGUUAUGGUGAUCAUGCAUUGUCUUCUCUCAUCAAAGGGGUUGGAUCAAUCUCCUUUGCCCUCUAAUUUCCUCUUUGGGACUUCUUCUUCUGCUUACCAGUAUGAAGGUGCUUACUUGAGUGAUGGAAAAGGACUAAACAUCUUUGAUGUCUUCCUUCACCAAUCACCAGGUACGACAGUUGAUAGAAGUAAUGGAGAUAUUGCGGUUGACCAAUACCAUCGCUACCUGGGGGAUAUUGAUCUAAUGGAAGCCAUCAAAGUCAAUAGCUAUAGAUUCUCAAUUUCAUGGGCAAGAGUUCUUCCGAAAGGAAGAUUUGGAGAAAUAAAUUGGGCUGGCGUGAACUACUAUAACAAGCUAAUAGACGCUUUGCUAGUCAAAGGAAUUCAACCUUUUGUAACAUUGUUCCACUUUGACACCCCCCAAGAACUAGAGGACAGAUAUGGUGCUUGGCUAAGUCCCCAAUCACGGGAAGAUUUUCAGUAUUUCGCAGAGCUCUGUUUUAAAUCAUUUGGUGAUAGGGUAAAGUACUGGGCAACCUUCAAUGAGCCAGAUUUCCUUGCAACAUACGGUUACCGUCUAGGAGUAGGUCCACCGGGUCGUUGCUCCAAACCAUUUGGAAAUUGCAGUCAAGGAGAUUCAGAGAAGGAACCUUUUCUGGUAGUACACAAUAUUAUCCUGUCUCAUGCAGAUGCUGUUGAGAUUUAUAGAACCAAAUACCAGGCAGAGCAAGGUGGUAAAAUUGGCAUUGCUGUGCAUCUUGACUGGUAUGAACCCAUAAGCAAUUCCACAGAAGACAAAUUGGCCACAGAAAGAGCAAGAUCAUUCAACUCGAAAUGGAUCUUGGACCCGAUCAUCUUUGGAAAAUAUCCUAAGGAGAUGCAAGAGAUUCUAGGAAAUAUAUUACCCAGAUUUUCCAGCAACGACCAAGAGAAGCUGAAGAAAGGAGUGGAUUUCAUUGGCAUCAAUCACUAUAUAAGUUUCUAUGUUAAGGACUGCAUUUUCUCCAUAUGUGAACAAGGACUUGGAAUCACCAGAACCGAGGGAUCGUACCAAACAAGUCCAAAUGGGAAACUAGCUUCGCUUGAUAUGCAAUAUAUUAAUCCUAAAGGCAUGGAGAAAAUUGUCACCUACAUAAAAGACAGAUACAAUAACAUUCCAAUGUUCUUAACUGAAAACGGAUAUGGCCAAAUGAGUCACUCAAAUUUCACCAAGGACCAAUACCUUAAAGAUUUCAACAGAAUUGAUUACAUGGAAGGUCACUUAGAUUCCCUACUGGAAGCCAUAAGGAAAGGAGCUAAUGUUAAGGGAUAUUUUGCCUGGUCCUUGCUGGACAACUUUGAGUGGAUACAAGGGUAUACAGUAAGAUAUGGACUCUACCAUGUUGAUCGAGCUACGCUGGAGAGAACUCCAAAAUUAUCAGCAAAUUGGUACAAGGACUUCAUUGCAAAGCAUAGAACAGAAACAUUCUUCAGAAAUUAUGGGGGCAGAAAACUGGUAGAAAUCAUUUGAGAAAAGAGGCUUAGCUAGAAAUUCAGUAACUAGGACUGUUACAAAGAUUUGUUCAGCUCUCCAAUGUCAAGCUUUGGCUUGUUGAUUUACUGGAGAGGAAAUCUUAAGGUUUCAGCAUUAUGAUAGUAUGGUCCUACCCGAAA